AUGGAAGCUAGAAAAGCAUCGUCCUCGACUUCGGGGUUCUUCCAGGCCUUACCCAUAGUGCCGCCGCAAUAUACACCUUCAGCUCCAUCGACGACGGGCAUGUCUCGAUCCCACGAAAUAUCAGACGAUCCCGUGCUAGCACGGGUCUUGUCUCUCUACCUCCCCAAUCCGAUCCCAGCACAGAUAUCGAGCCAUCUGCACGACUUCUCGCGCCUCGUUCUCCGACCAUCAACCCUCCAACAUACCAUCGACUGUGACAUUGACCCGCCAGCGAUCCGCCCCCUCACCACCUUCGGGGAAGAGAAUAAAGUCGAUUCUCUGCGCACGAGCGAAGGCUGGCGCGAGCUCAAGAAGAUCCAAACCCCAGCCGGCGUGAUUGGACACGGGUAUCCCCAACAUGGCACACAGGGCCAGAACUUCAACCGCCGCAUCCACCAGUACGGGACUCUGCAUCUCUGGCACGGGACGGCUGCAGUGUCGACCUGUCCCAUGGCCAUGACGGACGGGGCUGCCGUUCUUCUGCGCCGGCACUUUGACGACCCGGACGGCGAUCAACCCGGUCGGGCGGCCGUGUUUCGCGAGAGCUACGACCGCCUCGUCUCGCUGGAGAACAACUACGCAUGGACGAGCGGGCAAUGGAUGACGGAACGGAGCGGCGGGAGCGACGUGCGUGGCACCGAAACCGUGGCGCGCCGGCUCACCGCACAGGAAAUCCAAGCCGACAUCGACGCCGGGCGCGACAAAGAUGCCCACAACCUGCCCCUGGGGCCCUGGCUCGUUGACGGCUUUAAAUGGUUCUCCUCGGCCACCGACGCGGACAUGGCCAUCCUCCUCGCCCGGACGGCCAAGGGCCUCAGCGCAUUCUAUGCUCCACUGCGUCGUAGCGCCGGGCACAAGGCAGAGUCGUCGUCUUCGUCUGCAUCACGGGCAACGCUCACCACCGAAGCUUCUGCUGCCCAACCAUACCCUUCCGAGACGAACGGGGUGCGCAUCCAGCGCCUCAAAUCCAAACUCGGCACCAAGGGCGUCCCCACCGCGGAGCUGGAACUUAAAUCCAUGCGCGCCUACCUCGUCGGCCAGGAAGGCCACGGCGUCAAGGAGAUCUCCGCCAUCCUCAACAUCACGCGUCUGCACACCGCCAGUGGUGCGGUCGGCGGGUGGGCCCGCGGCCUCGCCGUAUCCCGGGCGUACACGCAGGUGCGCAAGAUCCGCGAGGGCCAGCUCCUCCGCGACAAUGCGCAGCACCUCGCCUGGAUGGCAGGUGAGAGCGUGAAGUACCGCGCAAGCACGCACCUGGUCUUCUUGGCCGUGGCCCUCCUCGGCGCCACGGAGCAGGACUACGGCACCGUCAUCCGCUCCACGCUCGGCGCAGCUACGCUGAUUCCCCGAUCAAGGGCCGGGCAAGAGAAUCUCUUCCGCCUGCUGACGCCCGUGAUGAAGGCGCAGGUCUCGCUGAACAGUGUGGCGGGACUGCGCGAGUGCAUGGAGUCCCUGGGGGGCGUCGGCUACUGCGAGAACAACGAGGACGGCGGCAUCAUGAACGUGGCUCGCCUGUUCCGCGACAGUGCCGUCAAUCCCAUCUGGGAGGGCACCACGAGCGUCAUGGCCGAGGACGUGGCGCGCGUGCUCAAGAACCCCAAGGCCCGGGGCAGGGACGUGCUGGACGAGACCCUGGGCGACUGGAUGCGGGAUGUGCUGCGCGCCAUCGAGGAGAGGAGCGGUGCCCGAGGGACGUUCUCGCGCGAGUUGGACAUGGUGCGGAACCGAUAUGCCGUGCUGGAGCGGACGGUGCGGACUUCAGACUCGGCUGCGCUCCAACGAAGAGGGAGGGACGUCCUGCGUCAUAUCGAGGCCGUCACGUGCGCUGUUCUGCUCAUGUUCGAUGCCAUGGUAGAUGGAGACGCCGUUGCCGUCGAGACUGCACGGCGGUGGGUCAGGAUGAACGCCUUGCCCAGCGACACGGUGAAGCUCCAGGAGGAACAAGGGCCCGGUGACCUCGCGAACGAGGUCGACAUGGACAGGCGCAUUUUCCUGGGUGCAGCGGCAAUGUCGGGCUCACUGCCGGCGACGAGACAAGCGAGGCUUUGA